CGGCGGGCAGCUGCACACUCAUGGUGCAGGCCUCCAUGCCGGUCUGCGUGUUCGCCAGGCCGCCCUCCAGUGAUGGCGGAGGUGCUGCCAGCGCUGCUGGCAACAGCCACCGCCGCGUCAGUGAGCUGGAGCUCCGGGGCGGUACGGACGCCGACAUGGCGCCGCCCGUGGGCUACCUCUCGCACGUGCUGGUGCCGCUGCUCAAGAGACUGUACGGCAGCCUCAUGGACGAGCUUGACGUACAUGUGGUACGGCGGGGCUUCUACCCCCGGGGCGGCGGCAUCAUCACCGCACGCAUCCCCAGCCUGCCGCCCGGCACCCCCCUGCCGCCUCUGGACCUCACCUCCCGCGGGAAGAUCACCCAGGUCACCAUCGUCGCAUUCUCCGCGGGCCGUCUGCCCGUCAAGGUGGC